CCAUGGGCCGCGCCUCGACCGCUUCCCGAUCUUCUGACUACAAUGCCGUAGCCGAGCUCGACUGGCCCUUUGGUAAGGUAGAUGGCAUAGACCAGGAUGAUCUCAGGGAAACGGCUUACGAGAUUUUCUUCACAACAUGCCGGUCGUCACCUGGUUUCGGGGGGAGAAAUGCGCUGACAUACUAUCCCACGGCGCAAGAGAGCACGGAGGGAGGCGGAGGAGGAGGAGGUGGAGGAGGUGGUAGCGUAGGGAUCACGAGGGCAACCGGAGGAGGCUUGGUGGGGAUGAGUAGGUUAAAGAGGGCCCUUGGGUUGAAGACGGUAAAGCGGUUGUCGUUUAGAAGGACGGUGUCAAUGGUCGGGACGCCGGCAAACCCAUCAUCGCCGAGAGGGUUAAACUCGGCCAAUAUAUCAUUGUCGGCGCCACCACCGACGAAGUUUAGGCGGCCCAUGACGUCGGCAGAGAUUAUGAGGCAGCAAAUGAGGGUGUCGGAGGAGAGUGACAAUCGGCUUAGGAAGACGCUCAUGAGAACUCUCGUUGGCCAGAUAAGUCGAAAAGCAGAGACAAUAAUUCUCCCUCUUGAGCUCCUGCGCCAUCUAAAACCAUCAGAAUUCCAUAAUCCCCAUGAGUACAGUAUUUGGCAGAAGAGGCAAUUCAAAGUGCUAGAAGCAGGUCUCCUCCUAUAUCCAUCCAUCCCACUAGAAAAAUCCAACUCCUUUGCAAUGCGUCUUCGAGAUAUCAUCAGAGCAAGCGAGAUCAAGACUGUCGAUACCGGCAAGAACUCCGAAACGAUGAAAACAAUAUCCGUUUGUGUGGUCUCAUUAGCAUGGAGAAAUGACAAUGGAUCAUCCAAUGAUGUUUGCCAUUGGGCUGAUGGCUUCCCUCUUAAUAUCCACCUCUACCUCACCCUCCUGCACUCCAUCUUCGACCUCAAGGACGAAACACUUGUCCUCGACGAGAUAGAUGAGUUGUUAGAGCUCAUGAAGAAGACAUGGUCCACUCUAGGAAUCAACAAGCUCAUCCACAAUGUGUGCUUCACUUGGGUCCUAUUUCAACAAUAUGUUGCUACUGCAGAAUCUGAACAAGACCUGUUAUGUGCUUCUAUUGCAAUGUUAGCCGAAGUGGCCAACGAGGCCAAGAGAGCUGAUAAGGAUGUUCUAUACAAUAAGAUUUUGUCGUCGGUAUUGACAUCAAUACAAAGGUGGGCGCAGAAGAAGCUAUUAGAUUAUCAUGAGAAUUUUCAGACAAGUGGAAUUGGGUUGAUGGAGAGUGUUCUGCCUCUAUCACUGUCUGCUGCAAGGAUUUUGGAAGAAGACCCUUCAGCUUUGGGGCUAGAGAAAUCCAAUCUAGCCAUGGAGUCAUCAGGGAAUCGGAUGGAUUAUUACAUAAGAUCUUCCAUGAGGAAUGCAUUUGCCAAACUUUUGGAAAAUGGAAAAGCCAAUAGCAUGGAUGCCGAAGUUGCAGAAGAGGCAAGUGAAGCUCUCCUUCAAUUGGCUCAAGAAACAGAGGACUUAGCAAUGAAGGAGAAAGAGACCUUCAGUCCCAUGCUGAAGAGAUGGCACCCAAUUGCAGCCGGAGUUGCAGCAGUGAGCCUCCACAAUUGCUACGGAACCGUGUUGAAACAGUACUUGUCUGGGGUGUCCAUGCUCACCAACGACACCAUUCUGGUGUUGCAGAGAGCUGGAAAACUAGAGAAGGUUCUGGUUCAGAUGGUGGUUGAAGACUCAGUGGACUGUGAAGAUGGAGGCAAAGCCAUUGUAAGGGAAAUGCAUCCCUAUGAAGUUGAAACCAUUAUCUUGAGCCUUUUAAAAACAUGGAUUGAUGAAAGGUUGAGGAGAGGGAAGGAGUGUGUUCGUAGAGCUAAAGAAACUGAGACAUGGAAUCCCAAAUCAAAAUCAGAGCCAUACGCGCAAUCAGCCUUGGAGCUAAUGAGGUUGGCCAAGGAAACUGUGGAUGAUUUCUUUGAAAUUCCAAUUGAAAAUUCUGAGGAUCUAGUGCAAGAUCUCUCCGAUGGCUUAGAACUUCUCUUCCAGGAGUACUCUACCUUUGUUGCAUCAUGUGGAUCAAAGCAAAGCUAUAUCCCUGCACUUCCCCCUUUAACCAGAUGCAACCGAGGCUCAAAACUCCAAAAUUUGUUGAGGAAAGCGACUCCUUGCAAAGUUGGGAUAGAGGAUAUGGAUUUCCAGCCCGGAGGAUCUACAGAUGGUGACCAUCCUCGUCCCUCCACAAGCCGUGGGACACAACGCCUCUAUAUCAGGCUCAACACCCUUCACUAUCUCUUCUCCCACCUCAACUCCUUGGACAAGACCCUCUCUCUCCCACCUCGUGCAAACCCAAUGCCCCGCAACCACCGCUUCUCCACCUCUCCUUCUCACUUGGACCUCGCUCGCUCCUCCAUCCACGCAGCCACUCAACAUGUCUCAGAGGUGGCUGCUUACCGUCUCAUCUUCCUUGAUUCUAAUUCUGUUUUCUAUGACAGUCUCUAUGUGGGAGACAUUGUGAAUUCUCGCAUACCCCCUGCAUUGCGGAUACUCAAGCAGAAUUUGGCACUCUUGGCAGCAAUUCUCACCGACCGGGCGCAGCCAUUGGCAAUUAAAGAAGUAAUGAAAGCCUCCUUUGAGGCCUUCCUCAUGGUACUUCUUGCUGGGGGAAGUGGUCGGGUAUUCUCCAAGUUGGAUCAUGAGAUGAUUUUGGAGGAUUUUGAGAGCCUUAAGCGCAUAUUCUGUACCUAUGGUGAAGGACUAGUGGCAGAGGAUGUGGUGGAGAAGGAAUCAGAUAAGGUGGAGGGAGUGUUGGCAUUGAUGAAUCAAUCAACAGAACAAUUGGUGGAAGACUUCAGCAUUGUGGCUUGUGAAGCAAGUGGGUUAGGGGGGGUGUCUGCAGGGCAGAAGUUGCCAAUGCCUCCAACCACAGGGAGGUGGAACAGAGCAGACCCAAAUACGAUCUUGAGAGUUCUGUGCCAUAGGAAUGACAGCGCGGCUAAUCGAUUCCUGAAGAAGACAUUUCAAUUGGCAAAGAGGAGAUGAAGCUCU